AUGUUUUAACCAAAAAUGAUAGAAUUAGAAGAAUAACUCAAUUGCAGCAAAAAUCAUAAACAACCUAUUCAAAUAGUUAUUUUAGAGAAAAACUUGAAGAGAGAGGAACACCUUUUGUGUUCUAUUUGUCUGGAAAAUUUUGAAUCAGAUACUAAAAUAAUUGGAUUUAAAAAAGUACUCUAAAUGAUUCAAGAAAACUAAAAAAAAUAAGAAGAAAAUAAAUAAAGAUUAAUUAAAAAAGAUGCGGAAUUGAUAGAAUAAUUUUUGAACGAACUCCAUACAUUAAGAUCAUACUUUAUCUUAUAAUUUGAUGAAUUGAUAUCUAAUUCAGAAGAGUGGAUCAAUAGUCUUAAUGCUAUUGGAUAACAUAAUGUAAACUAUAGCUUCUUUGAUGAAUUAGAUAUAAUUAUUGAUAGUAGAAUUGAAAACUAAUUCAAUUAAGCGUCAAUAGUUAAUAAAAUCAAAACACUUAAUAAAUCAUUUUGUGACAAAAUUGAUUUGAAAUUAUCUACUCUUAAGAACUAAGAAAUAUAUUCAUAAUGCGACAAUAUUAUAACCAAUUUAAGUAUGAUUCAUCAUAUGAAAUUAAUUGAUAAUUCAAUAAAGCAAUCACUUGUAUGCUAUGCAAUUUCUUUUAAUUAAUCUGGAUCACUCAUGAUUUCAACUUCUAAUUAGGACAUUAAAGUAUGGAAUUUUGAAUAAGGUAGAAUGAAUGAAAUUAACAAACUUAGUGGACAUACAUAAUCUAUAUCUUGCCUGUAAUUUAGCAAGUUUAGCAAUAGUUUCGUAUCGACAGAUUUUGAUAAAUCAAUUAGAUGUUGGAAAUAAAUUAAAUAAAAUGAAUGGUAGAGUUCCUAACCCUAUUGUUAACAUACUAAUGGUAUAAAUUGUUUACUUUUAAAUCAAUCUGAAAAUACACUUGUUUCUGGAAGUCAAGAUAAAUCAAUUAAAAUUUGGAAUAUUGAUUUUGUUGAUAAUUAAUUAACUUAUCUUUAUCGUUAGAUAAACAUACAGCUAAUGUUUAUGGUUUAUCCUUGAAUUAACCAGAAGAUACUUUAGUUUCUUGUGGGGGUGAUAAAUAAAUAAUCAUUUGGAAGAAGAUAAACAAAGAACAAAAGUGGUAAUUUGAAGAUGUAGUUAUUUAAUCAACUUAAGAAGUUGGAUGUAGAUUAAGCUUCUUAAAUGAUUCCUAAUUUAUUUGGGUGACAGGAGAUAAAUUAAGUAAGGAUUGCAUCAGUACAUUUGAGCUCAAUAAUGAAAAUAUCAAGAAAAUUUGAAAAAAGAAGUAAAAUUAAUUCAAAAUACUAAUGAUUUGGAUCUUUGUUUUUUUCCAAUCUUUUAAGACAAAAAAAACAAUGUAAUUAUUGUUAAACAUAAAUGUUAUGUUUAUGUGAUCAAUGUAUCGAAAGAAGGCUAAUUGACAAUUAUCACUUAGUGUAAAUACGAAUCAAAUAGUAUCUAAGGAGCAUUAACUAAUGAUGGAAAAUAUUUAGUAACUUGGGAUAAAGUGGGCCAAAAAUAUAAUACUUAUGAAUUAUAAAUUUAUUGA